AUGGAUCAGUGGCUGAAAACUGGCACAGUAAGAAAGCUGACGCAUAAUGUGGACAUUGACCAAUCACCAAUAAUUUCUCAGGACAAGUCUAACCCUUCAGUGCAAAAUGAUGAGAAGGUCGAGUCGUCACUUCUUCGAACUGGUAAAAAGAGAAAAUACUGUGAUGAAUACAUGAACUGUCCUAAGGCACUGUGUGCAGUGUAUGGGGAAGAAUUAACCAAUGGUAGCAUGAAACCUUCUCUAAUCUUGCGUCAUUUACAUACAAAACAUGCCAGCUAUACGAACAAGGAAUGCAGGUUUUUUUCAGUGGCUUGCGAAACAUCAGAGUAUGACGUUUCUGUCGUCAGCUAA